AUGUUUUUUUGGGGAAAUUACAAUUUUCAGACGCCAACACUCGUGGAACACCCGGAGAGGCCGGCACUGCGCUAUCCGCUUUAUGUGCCUCCCUCUCCCUCUAUGGUGACUGAUGUCGGAGCCCAUGUCCCUAAUACCAACGGCUUAGGUGGCGCUGACGGGGAGGUGCUGCGCCGCAUUGAUAUGCGGCACCUCGCGGUAAAACUACUGGCAUGUGGACAGAAACAUCUGGUGGCGGUAUUGAUGCCUGUUGAACACAAUCAUGAUGCGGGAGCGAGAGCUGAUGGUGAUGGGGCACGCGGAAGUGUAACUGCGGCGGUGGCCACAACGUUGUCAUCAUCUGUAUCGUGUGACCAAAGCGGUACAAACUGGUUUGCUUACGGCCUGGGGAGCAAUCACAGUGGGCAGUUGGGUCACCGCGUGCCAGAGUACACAACCACACUUACACGACUUUAUGUUGAGGGACUUUUGUCGGCGGGGACUAACAUUAGUGGACUCGCCUGCGGUAAUAAACACACACUCAUUUGCACAUCUGCUGGCGGAGUGUUUGCGUCCGGUGAUAAUAGCUUUGGUCAACUGGGUGUUACCGCUGACGUGAGCGGCUUCGCCCCGGUAACAGGACUUGCACACAUCAAGGCGGUGUACGCAGCAGGCAGUGCAAGUUUUGCUUUGAAUAUCAAGGGUGAAUUAUAUUCAUGGGGCGAGGCGCAGUACGGUCAUUUAUGUCACGGUGACAAUGGAGAACGCAUGGAUGCACGCACGCUUCAAACUGUGAAAACAAACGUGAAGACUCCCACUCUGGUGCAGUGGUUUGUGCGACAUCACGUCGUUAUUGUGGAGGUGGCUCCGGCGCGGGGACAUGUUGUUUGUCGCAGCUUGGAUGAGGUUUACACCUGCGGUGAGGGAUACUACGGCAAGCUUGGCUCUGGGAGUGUGGCGCCGGCGUUUACUCCGCAGCGUGUGCGUUUCCCUGAUCGAUCUCACCCGGAGCGGCUCUGUGGCAUCGCGGCGGGUGAAGACCACACACUUGUGCUACGUGACUCGCCUGUUGUGGGUGCGGUUGUGUACCACUUUGGCAAGAUGGGCAACGGUGACGGUCAGCCCACACCAAUCAUUAUAACAGCCCCGGCAACCAUCACUCGCAUCAGUGCGGGGCGCGGAACGAUGUCGGCAGCGGUGACGAGCGAUGGCUACCUGUACGUGUGGGGAAAGCAUUCCCAUCCUAAGGUGAGCAAUGGCACUCCCACCGAGGCAAAACGCAAAAACCCAGAGGUGGUAACGGCACUAACUCCAUUUGUCGUUGCAGACGCCGUCAUUGGUGGAGCGUUCGUUGUGGCACUUGCAACAUCUUGUCGCAGCUCCGUAGAAAAGCUGCAGGCAGCAACAGAACUCAGGGCAACCACUAAUCGAAACAGCCAUCAUGGCCAUGCGUGGGAUGUGAUGGUGCCACACGACGCUCGCAUUGAUGCUCGCGGCACUGAGGGUGCCGGUGCCAGGUACGAAGAAGCCAUACAAGCAUUCCUUACACAGUACUUGGGACCAACGCUGGGGCCCAUGUACAUCGCGGGCAUGCCAGAGGCCCCGCCACUCAUCGACCGCAAUGCAAACCUGUUUGUCUCGGUGGGGGCGCACGCGCUAACGACAGGGCAGAAAAUACGACUUUGGAUGACGAAUGUCUACGCACUUGGCACUGUUGUUGAGGUUUUGACGCCACAAACGAAUACCGAAAAACCACCUGCGGCUGCCACUUUGAGAGACGAGAAGGACGAAACCGUCUUCAACGACAACGAGUCCCACGCCAAUGGCACUAACAACACAGUCCAGGAUGUCUCAGAAACUGUCCGGGAGACAAAGUCCGGGUGCCGGCUCCGAGUGGAGUGGCAACGCGACGACUGGCACGAUGAAAUCCUCACACUUUACUCUGACGACGAGACACUUGACCCGCACAACCCCAACCGCUGGCAGCCCCUCUGGUUUCUUCCAAACCCCGAUGCAAGCGGCGAGUACAUCCUCAACCGCUAG